AUGAGGGUCAGCUUUCAGAAUUUUGGCAUUUCCAUCCUUCUUGUAUUGUUGCUGUCGGGGAAAGUGCAUGCCUUUGGUGCUGGUAAUAUCGCAUCGAUCUCUCGAGUGGAGGGUCAGAAUUGGCGCCAUGGCGACAUUGAAGAUACAUUGUUGACUCUGUUCUUGGCCCGUGUCGCUGGAGGACGCAAAUUCAGCAAGCUUGAUGUCCAGCGUGUGUAUUUUGGAAAUUGGCUUCGAGACUACAGCCAGGCCGUCGAUGUUGGCACUCUGAAAUAUGUCAGCACGGAAGCAAUCCGGAUCUUGAUAUGGGUAUUAGGCUUCUUGAGUUUCGGCUAUGGAACCAAAGAAUUCGAGGUGACCACAGAGCGUUUGGGAUGUUACGAACCCACGGAGCAUAUUGAUAACCCUCUCGGUUACGCUGAUGGGGAGGAUGCUCGACGCUAUGAUAGUCGAUUGAGAGGUCCUAUUGAUGAGGAGCGAGAGCUAUCGAUCGAUCCUAGCACCGGCCUCAAGAACUACAUAGCUAACGAAAAUAUUGGCAUUGGACGUCGCUAUGCCAGGUCUCGGAACGAUGAGGAUCUCCAUGAAGCCCUCCGUUUACUUGGUACAGGGCUGCAUUGUUUGGAAGAUUAUGCGGCGCACUCAAAUUACACCGAGUUGAGUCUAAUCGAACUGGGGGAGUCGAUAAUCUUCCCCCAUGUUGGGCGGAAUACUAAGCUUGAAGUAAAUAGCGUGCAGGAUUAUGUGUACCCCAUCGUCACGGGCACUUUCGGCGGAGUCGAUUUUUUUCACUCAGUGCUGGGCGAGCUGUCCGACAAAACAACUCAAUCCGAGGUCCAGUGUUUGGAAGGAGUCAUCAAUGAAUCUCAAAAUGGAACCCCUUCGCAGAGUUUCAUCCAGGACCUACUGAGCAAGAUCCCCGAAGGCUUGAUCGGUGACCGUGAUAAUCAAGCCGGCAAGAUGGAUGAGUUCAAAACGAAGGCCGAAGAUGCCAAGGCACACAAUCAAGAAAUCAGUCCCCGAGAGCCAGAGGAGUGGACGCGGUACCUGGACGAUGUGCAUCGACAGGUCUAUCCCGUCCUUGAGUGGCAUGAUAACCUCAUCAAGUCAAUCAACCGCGCAAUCGAGAAGAUUCCGGUCUUGCCGGAGCUGAUCGACCAGUUUCAAGAGCAAAUUAACGUCUUUGUCUUCGCUGUCCUUGCUCCGUAUAUUCUCCCGAUCAUCACGCAGGUCAAGACGGAACUUCAGACCGGAUCCUCCGAAAUCAUUCAAAGCAGCCAGGCACAGCAACACAUCGUGUUUGACGAUGAUGAUUCUUCCAAUCCCACACAUUCCAUGCUCUCCAAAGAUCAUUUCUCAAAUGUUCUAAACGAACCAGCUGGCAGAAUCGCAUCUCAGGUGGUCAAAUGGACGGUGCCACAGCUGAUGGAGUGCUGGGACAAUGAAGACAUCGAUGUUGACCGAACCAUUGAUAGGAUUGUUACUGGCGUCUUUCAUCACCCGGCUCUUCGGCAGUAUGGCGAGGACGGUGCAUCUGAUGCACGACGAAUCAUGUUCGGCACCGUUGAGGAAUGGUGGAGUGGAAAGGAUGAGGCUGAGAAGGAAAGUCUCCGAGAGCAGCUUUCUCGUGACGGUGUCUUCGAGGGCAAGAAUCAUAAGGAAGGGGUGCACGAUUCGGGUCAUGGAUGUGGCAAGCCUUUGACGCUUCACCGAGGUCAAAGUCAACCCAACAACGGUUAUAAUUCAGACACUAGCGGUCUUGGAAGGAUCGCUUCGGAGGCUGCUGGUGGCGGAUCUCUUGGGGGUUUGGUUGGCAGACUGGCCAGCCAAGUUGGCUCAAUGCUGCAGGGGGAUUCCGGUUCCCGUAAGCCCGAUAACGGAGGAUAUGAAACUCGCUAUGAUGAUGCCGAACCCACGGAACAAUACCAGGGAGACUGGAGACGGUUCGGGGGAGAAACCGAAGGAGAAAGUCAAUAUUCCGAGGUGGACAGGUACCAGCGUAAGCAGUGGCAGGAAGGCGCGGACGACACGCCGAGUUACACGCGGAGAGAAGGCGGGGAGGAAAGAAAGGAAUGGCAGGAUAAAUCAGAAGAGCAGUUCAGGUAUGACAUCACCGUCGUCCUGAAGACCCCGACUCAUCUGAAAGAUAUUCUUCCCAGGGGAGAGAGGAAGAGGACGGUCCCUACCAAUCGAGAAUUGACCGACUUAGAUCUGGCGAUGAUGACAACUCGGGGUUCCAAGGAAGAAGAACCCAGGACACGGAUAGAUUUACGGGCGGGUUUCGAAGCGAGAACACCGAGUCAAACUACAAUUAUGACAACGAUCACCCUUCUUAUGGCAGAGAACCAUACGAUAGCAGCAGACCUGACCGGUAAGUGGUCCAUAUACCCGGCAUGUGCAUUUUAG